CUUUUCGGAAAUUAAUGAUUUUGAAAAAGAAAGUGCAUCAAAUUAAUCCUCCAAUUAAUCUACACAGUGAAAGAUGAGCUUUGAAGGAUUAGAAGCAGAACUGAGACUAUUGAAACUUGAAAAUGAGUACAAUAAAACAGCAGCAACUUUAUACUCGACUGGAUCUAAACUAAACCUCAUUUAUCAUUCAUUAUUGAAGGAGUCAUUAAAUAUAACAACAACUAUUAAUGAGGUAGAACAAGACCAAAGGAGGAGGAGACAACCAAGACAAUACAAUAGCACUACAGAACAACCCACCACCAGCAACCACGCCCUCCCUUCAUCAUCUACUGACCUCCAACAGGAAGAAACCGAGAGAGAAGGAGACAAUAAAGACUCAGAAGGUGACGAUAGUAGUGGAGGUGAUGAGAUAACUUACAACAAAAGAAGACGGAGGAAAAGAACUAAACUGGUUAUGCCUAAAGUCAAGAGAGCUGCAACUAACAAAAAACAAAAAUCUGCCGAAAACUUUGACACUCUCACUCCUCCACAAAGCACGUCUGAUACCAGGAACAAAGCAAAAAAGAGCAACAAGACAAUAAAAAGAGCUAGUGACAAGGAAAGGAGAGAGAUAGAGAAGGAUGCCUCCAUUCCGCCUAGCUGUACUCUUAGUACAUGUAGCUACUCAAGUCAUGUUUCACUUAAACCUUUCACACUCGCUAUCUCUCGUAUUUCUCAUGUACCCACUCAGGGAGGUGCCUUUAAAGAAGGCGGAGACAAGGGGGAGGCUGUCUCAUCAAAUCAGCCAAGAAGUACCACACCAGUUGUACCAAGCCCUCUUAGUAAUGGAUCAAGAUCAGACUCAGAAUGGGAGAUGAGCUCUGAGAUAUCAAUACAGAAUUACACCGAGAAUAGAAAAAGGAGCGAAACUGUAAGAAAUAGGAGUAGCGAGAAUACCAGGACAAUGACUGAAAGUACCGAAGAACCGGAACCAGAGGCUGAGGAUGCGUCCAUCAUUGGUAGAAGAAGACGAGUAGCAGAGCAGAAAGUACAAGUUAUCAUUAUUACUUCAGACGAAAGUGAAGAGGUAGAGGAGAAGAGCAAAAGUAAAAAGGAGAAAAGAACACAAAGUCGUCCUACUCUAACGAGCAAGAGGUAUAGCUCAAGACCUAAGACUCAUGUUGUAUCAUAUAGAGAAGAGAGUGAGGAGGAGAGUGAAUCCAGCAGCAGCAGGUCAUUAGUGACAGACGAAGAAGAAGUACUUGUAACAAAAAAGGCUCAAAGCAAGAGUGUGGGGAGGCCAAGAAAGCUUAAAAGACCAACCCGAGCCAUUUACGUGUAUGAGUCUGAUAGCGAAGAUGAGGAGAGAAGGAAUAGAGAAUCGGUAUCUCCCUUACAGUCUAGACGUAACAUUCCUGAAAGUGAAGAGUCUGAUAGCUUGAUACCAGAGACACCACAAAAGACAAGAAGGCUAACUAGACUGAACUUGUUAAGAUUAUCCAAUGCUAAUGCUAACCCUCCCCCUCUCCCUCUUAUAAGUGGCAAUGAUUGUACGGCUAGUCCAAUACCUCAUCUCUCACCACCUCUCCUGGUACCAUCACCUCACGACUCACCUAGCGAGCACUCCUCUCCAAUUAAAAGGGCCAGCAAGAGAGGGAGACAGAUCCAGUCGUCUCCAAUAAAGGAUCGGCACUUACUCUCUCAGAGUGAAGCCUCCUCUCCUCGUAUGGCCACUCGUAGCAGUCGUGAGGCGCUCCAAGAGAAACAGAAUAACAGUCCAAUAACUAAACGUACCACCAGAGCAUGUACUGGUAAUAAUAACGAGUCUAAUGCUGCUACCAGCUCUGUAUCUUGUACUGGGAGGGCUAACUCUCAGUCUGAUGCUACAGGAGAUACUGCUAGCAGUGUGACUGAGAAUGAGAGGAACGCCGAGGAGUCUGUGUCUUCGAGAGAGCUCCCGCCGCCUUCAAACCAUCCAAAGAAGCGAAGAAAAUUGUCAAGGCCGUUACCACUACCCCUAGUCAACCAAUCAGGUUUAUCAAUAAUGGAGAUUACAUCUUCCAGAAUAUCCACUAUGGGUCUCAGACGAAAGACUGUCCUGGACUCGCGUCAUAACUCAACCACACUGCUAUAUGAUACUUAUGAUGAGGGCCCGACGAAUACCUCUAGAGCAAGUAUUAGGGUAAACAAUUCAAAGUUUAUUGCUCCAAAACUGAAACUGUCCAAGAAAGACAAGGCAUUAUAGUAGUAUCUCUCUCUCUCUCACACACAGUUUUCUUUUUUCUUUGUUUAGACCACUUGUAGCGAAAUUGUUUCUGAUAUACAUCAAUACAUAAUGAUAA